UCCGCACUUGCCGCGGUGGAAGUCAUGGUUAACACGUAGCCGGCGUUCGACGUGUCCUAGCCUCCCAGAGUUCAGGGGUGCAGCGAGACAUUUGAUAAUUCGUUGCGCGCCGCUCUCGACUCGCGCAACGGGAGUUCGCGGGCGUUCUCCGGUGCACAUAUGGCGAACGCCACGUUGUAAGGUGUCGAUAUACACGCGGAUAUACACGGUGUCUCACGUCUAGCGCGCUCGUGGUAGCCGCGAGGAGCAACGGGAGAACAUGUUGCCGAACAAAUCGUCAUCGUCGUCGUCAUCCCAGCAGCAACAGCAAAUAUCCCCGUCGUCUUCUUCGUCGACGUCAUCUUCGUCGUCGGCCAACGCGAAGGUCAUGUUCCCUGACAAGAGGUCGUCGACCAAGCAGAUGAAAUCCUCCACGCUGACGAACGCUGCUGGCCUCAGCUCUCUCAUCACCUUCACCGUUCUCCUGCUCGCUUGGAUCUCGGGCUUCGCCUCAAGACUCUUCGCGGUCAUACGCUUCGAGAGCAUCAUACACGAGUUUGAUCCCUGGUUCAACUACAGAGCGACAGCGUACAUGGUACAACAUGGAUUCUACAAUUUUUUAAACUGGUUUGAUGAACGAGCUUGGUACCCGUUGGGCCGAAUCGUCGGCGGUACCGUCUAUCCUGGACUUAUGAUAACAUCUGGCUCGAUACACUAUAUACUGCACUCCCUCAACAUACCAGUGCAUAUAAGAGACAUAUGUGUAUUCUUAGCUCCAAUUUUUAGUGGCCUUACUGCCAUAUCUACAUAUUUAUUAACGAAGGAAAUAUGGAGUGCCGGGGCCGGCUUGUUUGCCGCUUGCUUCAUCGCCAUUGUACCCGGCUACAUUUCGCGAUCCGUAGCCGGCAGUUACGACAAUGAGGGAAUUGCGAUUUUUGCGUUGCAAAUCACGUACUAUCUUUGGGUUAAAUCAGUCAAGACUGGCUCAAUCUUCUGGGCAAGUGUAACCGCCCUGUCUUACUUCUAUAUGGUAUCGGCAUGGGGAGGCUACGUGUUCAUCAUCAAUUUGAUUCCACUUCAUGUGUUUGCCUUGCUGGUUCUGAAUCGCUUUAGCAAUCGGUUGUUCACCAGCUAUACUACGUUUUAUGUUCUUGGACUUUUACUGAGUAUGCAAAUACCAUUCGUUGGUUUUCAACCGAUUAGAACUUCCGAACAUAUGGCGGCGAGUGGUGUAUUUGGUCUUAUAAUCUUCGUAGCAGCCUUUAGAUACUUAAGAACUGUACUUACCAAGUCUGAGAUGAAGUAUUUUGGUGGUGUAGUAGCUGUAACAACCGUUAUACUCCUAUUAGUUUUGAUCGUCUUAACGUACGCUGGCAUCGUCGCUCCCUGGAGCGGAAGAUUUUAUUCAUUGUGGGAUACCGGUUAUGCCAAGAUACAUAUCCCUAUAAUAGCAUCUGUGUCGGAACAUCAGCCAACAACUUGGUUCAGCUUUUUCUUUGAUUUGCACGUUCUUGUCGCAUUGUUCCCUGUUGGUCUUUGGUAUUGCAUUACACACGUCAAUGACGAGCGUGUCUUUGUCGUACUGUACGCCAUAAGUGCCGUUUAUUUUGCCGGUGUAAUGGUAAGACUCAUGUUAACCUUGACUCCGGUGGUGUGUAUGCUGGCUGGAGUUGCCGUAAGCAGACUCGUGGAACUGUUCCUUAAAGAAGAGGAUAGAGACGGAAAUAACGGUAGUGAGAGCAACGAGGAGAGCGAGGAAGAAAGAGAGAGAAGUCCUGGCAGAGCAUUGUAUGACAAAGCCGGUAAACUUCGUAGAAUGAAGCACGAAAGAUCAAAGGGCAACGGUGACGGAUUAGGCCCUAAUCUUCGUAAUGUCGUCGUUAUCGGCAUGCUGAUGCUGCUGAUGAUGUUUACCGUGCACUGCACGUGGGUGACUAGCAAUGCCUACUCCAGCCCAUCUAUCGUGUUGGCAUCCUACAGUAACGACGGCGGCCGAGCUAUACUGGACGAUUUUCGAGAGGCUUACUAUUGGUUAGCCCAGAACACCGCCAAUGACGCUAGAGUCAUGAGUUGGUGGGAUUACGGAUACCAGAUUGCUGGUAUGGCUAACAGAACCACUCUCGUGGACAAUAAUACAUGGAAUAAUUCGCACAUAGCUCUAGUCGGUAAGGCGAUGAGCUCGAAUGAAAGUGCUGCUUAUGAGAUUAUGACGUCCCUGGACGUGGAUUACGUAUUGAUCAUCUUUGGUGGGAUGAUUGGGUAUUCCGGUGACGAUAUCAACAAAUUCUUAUGGAUGGUCCGUAUCGCCGAGGGCGAACAUCCCCAAGACAUUCGCGAGAGUGAUUAUUUCACCGAGAGGGGAGAGUUCCGUGUGGAUUCCGAGGGUUCCCCAACUCUGCUGAACUCGCUAAUGUACAAGCUGAGUUAUUACCGAUUCGGGGACGUUAAAAUAGACUAUCGGUCGCCUUACGGUUUUGAUCGUACUCGUAAUGCGGAAAUAGGCAAUAAGAACUUCCAGUUAACGUAUCUGGAAGAAGCUUACACCACUGAGCACUGGCUUGUUAGGAUUUACAGGGUGAAGAAACCAGCGGAGUUUAAUAGACCAAGAAUUCCGAUCUCCGAACGAGUUAUCACGCGCCGCGCGAAUUCGUAUAUUAGUAAAAAGUUGAAGUUAUGGGGGGUCGGGCAUUGAUGUUUCAGACCGCAAAGCGUAAGCGAGGUUUCAUAAAAGGCCGGCCAGUUGUUAUUAAAGGACAGAAACCUCAACGACGAACAACGUAACGAAGAUCCGCUGACUAUUUCAUAAACAAUUUGCAAAUACAACUUUUGUAAUAAAAGAAUUACCGUCCCUUGGAUCUACCACAAAACUAUACCUCGAACUAAGAAUUUAAUGUCGUCAGAAACAGGUUCAACCGACUUGAAGAGUAGAAUAUUCCAAUAAUUACAGUUUUCAUCUCUCCAGAACGGGUUGACAGAUUGGUGGUUUUCGAAUCUUCUUUUUCUCAUUGUGUGUGUGUUGUAUGUAUUUGAUUCAAACGCAUAUUGCAUUGUUAUCCAUCUUUCAUUUAUAUCAUUUUUCGUUAAAUCUUCAAUUGUUUAUUAUCACAUAAUUACUCCAUUUAUUAAUAGCAAACAUUUUUUUUUUCAAAUUACCACGCAGAUCACACACGCAACUAUCUCCAAUAUAUUUAAGUCAAUAUAUUUCUACAAACAUAUUCAUUACAGCGAGUCACAAACAUUUUUUUUUUCUUCCGUUUAGAGGAAUUAAAUUCUUUGUUUAAUAAUAUUUCCACGAACCAAUUGUGCAUUUAAUAGUUAAUGAUGUAAAAUAACUUGAAAUUUAUUUGUUAUCGAACAACAAUUGUAUGGAGAUCUCAUGUAAAUCGAGACUCGCGUAAGGUAUCCUACUUAGUGUACACACGCGUUUAUGUUACAUAAUACGUUUUAAUAUAUUACACGGUAUUGCGCUGGACGGGGGUUUGUCAAAAUAAGCAGACUUCUGCCGAUUUUUAACCAGAACACAUGAGGAACGAUCGAGUCAUGUGUACACAGUUUGUUGUAUAGCACCUUGUUGAAAGAUAAACAUUUGUGAUAACAUAGUGUUGUUAUUUACAAAAUACGUAAUUGAAACGUGAGUCUAAUUUAAUUUCCGUUUCACCUAAUUAGGGAAAGGCUUUUCGGGAAUAUAAAUUAAAUGUACAUUGUACAUACAGAUUUUUGUGUUUUUUAUACAUACAAUGCAAAGGAAUUCUAAAUUAUGUUACACGAAGUACUACGCGGCUCAGCAAUUUUCAUUAAUUAUGUAAUCUCUAUAAAUUUUGAUAAAUGAUAUAUAAAAACGUAAUAUAUAUUAAUAACA